UUCAAUUAUUAAUCAACAAAAAACUAUACUUUUACAUUGUAGAUUCUUUUCCCCUUUCCAUUUUUCAUAUUUAGUUCAUUAUUUCAUAUAUUGUGACACUUGAGUUGUUGAUCCAUUUUUUAUGUUUAGUUCAUCAUUUUCAUACAUUGUGAAACUUGGAGUUGUUGAUUCUCCUAAAAUCUUUAUGAUCAAAUUCUAAUACCAAGUAUGAGAAUUUGAUCAUCAAUCUAUUUAUUUUCUGUCGUUUAAGGCGGUAUGAAUUCUCUUUCGAAUCACUAAGAUUUGGUUUGUUAAACAUUUAAAAGAAAAAAGUUAAAUGGAUCCUCUAUGUGAUUUAUGUGGUGAAGUGAGGGCAGUGGUGUAUUGUAAAUCAGAUUCAGCGAGGCUUUGCUUGCAAUGUGAUGAUUAUGUGCACUCACCAAAUCUAAUAUCACGAAGGCAUUCACGUUCUUUCAUAUGUGACAAAUGCAAUUCGCAGCCAUCAAUUGUGAGAUGCAUGGAUGAGGCAAUAAGCUUAUGUGAACGCUGUGAUUGGGAUGGAAAUGGCUGCAUUGGGACAGGGCAUCGACUCAAGAAGUUGAAUCCUUACACUGGAUGUCCCUCUCCUGAUGAGUUUACAAAGAUGUUGUCACAAGUUCUUGAAAUGCCUAUUGGUACUGACACUAAUUUUGGAAGCUUUGGUAAUUCUUUAGGUAGCUCAUUGAGUAUUAAUGAGAAUAAUAGCAGUUUGGAGAAUAAAGUGAAUGAAGAUUCAUUUGUAUCUAGUAAGCUAUUAGCUUCUAAUUAUAAGUUUGAAGCAUGGUCAAUUCCUCCUGAACCAAAUUACCUGAAUUCCUAUCAAAUAGAUCUGGCACCCUUCUCAGAGGGAUCUGGCCUUUCUAAGCAAGAUUGUCCGAUUAAGGAUCUUGGAUUACAGGAAGGUGAUGAUCUCUCAAAAGGUGUUGAUUUUGAUGACGUGACAUUGGAUUUCAACUGUAGUUAUGAGAUUUUGCCUGAUUCACGACAGACUGGAUUCUCUGAUGAAAACAAGGAAUUAGAUUGCCUAGUCAUGGAGAAAAAUUCAUCCGUCACAGGAUCUAAUAACGUGGAAACAUCUCACGAGGCAACAUCUUCAGUGCAGCAAGAGUAUAUGGGGUUGCAGUCCUCACAAAUCUCUGCAGCUGCGAGUUCAACGAAUCUAUUGCAGACAAUGAGUGCCAAUGCUAAUUGCAUGCUUAUGAAUUCCACUUGCAACGGUAGCAUUGGCGCCUUACCCUUUCUACCUGCACCAAUUCAUCCAAGUAUGUCAUUAUCACUCUCCAACAUCACCGGAGAAAGUUGUGCAGAACAAGAUUGUGGAUUGUCACCAGGGUUUCUGAAUGAAGCCCCAUGGGAUUUGAGUUUAGAAAAUUGUCCACAGAAAAGACAUGAAGCUAAGAUGAGAUAUAACGAGAAAAAGAAGACUAGAACGCCUUUAAUGAACACUCUGAACAAGAAGAGGUUGUCAUGAUUUACAAUGGCCUAUAUGGUAUUUCUACUAGACUGUUGCUUCCUCAUAGGAUCGCACAGUCAGAUGAUACAGUUGCAAAAGGACUCUGCCUUUCCUGUGAAUUCUGAAGUCAGAAAACCUCAACGUAUGAUCUGUUGAGGUUUUCUGACUUCAAUGAAAUCCAUAUUCAGUGCCAUCUAAUAAGCUUUGACAUUAUUAGCACUUAGAUCGUUUUCUUUCACAUUUUCCUUCUCGUUUAAUAGGCGAUUUCUAUUGAACUCGAGCUAUAUUCAUCUCAUUGAAUUGGCUUUAGCAAUUUUUUAAAUAAGGCAUUUGAAGGACCGAACAACAACAGGGAUUUGUGGCCAAAAUGGUCACCUUAAUUUUUCCCAAGUCUUAUUACAGUUGGAUACUUGUGGCACUGAGUGAGCAAUCUUGGCUUCCCUUGUGCUUGGAUGCUCUUAUGCUUUCCAGUUUAUGUGAUGUAGUUUGAUUGGACUCGAAGUUUAUGAAAUAUGAGAAAAUUUUGCAAUGUUCGAAAAAAUCUACACCUUUAUACAC